GGGUUGGUCUUGUAUAGACUUUCAUACAUACGUUUGUUAUCUUUAGAAAACAAAACGAUAAACUCUCAGUGAACACAAUUCCAGCAUUUCAAGAACCAUUUGGGAAUUUAUUCUCACUAACCAUCAACUAUGAGUGGCCUACAUUUUCAUGUAAAUGAGAUCCCAAGUCCUCCAUCAAUUAUGCUUUUUGGCUUACAACAAAUGAUGAUCUGUUUGUCUUCUUUACUGGUUAUUCCUUACGUAGUAUCUGAUAUGCUUUGCGCAGGCGAUCAGGCUAUGGAAAUACGUGUUCAAUUGAUCUCUGCCACUUUUGUUACUUCGGGUAUUGCCACAAUUUUGCAGACUACGUUUGGUAUGCGUCUCUCAAUUCUUCACGGUCCCUCAUUUGCUUUCCUUCCUGCCCUUCAUACCUUCCAGGCGACGUUCCCAUGUGAUGCAAAUACUGAUACCAGCAAUUGGCAAGAAAAAAUGCAAAUGAUUUCUGGAAGUUGUCUGAUUGCAGUUUUGAUAAUGCCAAUUUUGGGAUUCACUGGAUUAGUUGGAAAGAUCUCCAAGUAUAUCGGUCCAGUGACUAUUGUACCCAUUAUGAGUUUAUUAACAAUUGGUACCGUACCUGAUAUUGAAUCGAAAAUGGCACUUCACUGGAUUUCGAUUGUGGAAUUUCUGACUCUCAUCUUAUUCGUCGUGAUUUUGGAACGUUAUGAAGUUCCAAUUCCAAUAUUUUCACUUUCGGAGAAGAAAUUCAAGUUCACACGUCAAAAAAUUUUCAGUCAAUUCCCUUAUCUCCUUGGAAUUUCCAUAGUUUGGUUCAUAUGUUUCAUAAUGACAAUUACAAAUGCAGAACCUCGUGGAGGAGAAGCUCGUACUGAUCAAAAUGCUAGUAUCACCGUUUUCGAUCAGACACCAUGGGUUCAAAUGCCAAUGCCAUUAUUCUUUGGACCCCCUAAAUUUAACUUGGCUUUAGUUUGCGGGUUCACUGCUUCUUGUUUUGCAGCAAUGAUCGAAAGUAUCGGAGAUUACAACCUCUGUGCCAAGAUCUCCAAGCAAAGCCGUCCACCACCAUCCAAUACGAAUCGAGCAUUCGUCGUUGAAGGAAUCGGUUGCAUUUUGGCUGCUCUUUGGGGAGUUGGAACUGGAGUUACCACUUAUGCAGAGAACAUUGCGAUUAUGUCGGUCACAAAGGUCACAAGUCGUAUCACAAUGCAAAUGGCGGGAGUUUUCCUGAUUCUCGCUGGCGUCAUCUCAAAGUUCGCAGCAUUUUUAUCAAUGAUUCCCGAACCGAUCAUCGGCGGACUACUUGCCAUGGGAGUAUGUCUUAUUAAUGGAGUAUCGUUGAGCAACUUACAAACCGUGGAUAUGAAGCUAUCCAGAAAUUUAACAAUUAUCGGUGUUUCAAUUAUCAUGGGAUUGACGGUGGCAACGCAUUUCGAGAAGACUCCCUUAAAUACAGGAAAUCAAAUAGUUGAUGAUGUAUUCGGAACACUACUGACAAUCAGAAUGCUCAUCGGUGGGGUCAUAGCAUUUGUGCUAGACAAUAUAACUGGUGGUGCUACCCGAAGACAGCGUGGAUUUGUUUCUGAAAUUGAUGAAGACGAUGAUGUUGAAGAACAGGCAACUGUGGAAAUGAAUGGAUAUGCACUUCCAUCUAAACUCAAUCAAUUUUUCUUGAGAUACUCAUGGCUCACAUACUUACCGGUCAUUCCUUCUGAACGAGAAAUUCGAGAAAUUGAGGAAAAACUAUGCAACUUUAAAUUUAUCAAAAAUAGUGAAAGCAUCGAAAGUGUGAAAAAAGUAUAACUUAUUUGUAUAUACAUAUGUUGAUGUAAAUUUUGUGAAUAGAAAAAAAGGAAAAGAGCUUUAUGUGUAUAUAAAUUUAUUGUGAUGAUAAAGUAAUUCAAUAAUGAACU